AUGAGCAUACAUAUCGGUCACAAGCAGUUCAUGUGUCAGUGGUGCGGGAAAGAUUUCAACAUGAAACAGUAUUUUGAUGAACAUAUGAAGACCCAUACCGGAGAGAAACCUUUCAUCUGUGAAAUCUGCGGCAAGAGCUUCACCAGCCGGCCGAACAUGAAGCGCCACCGCCGCACCCACACAGGCGAGAAACCUUACCCCUGCAGCGUGUGCGGCCAGCGCUUCCGAUUCUCCAACAUGCUGAAGGCUCACAGGGAAAAGUGCUUCCCGGGCGGGAACCCCCCGACCCCCAGGCAGCCCCGGGACAGUGGCCAGCCUCUCCGCCUCCUCACAGAGCGGCAACUCUCCGGUCCAGUCUAG